AUGACGAAGCGUACCAGAAAGGUUGGCGUGACGGGCAAGUACGGUGUCCGCUACGGUGCGACCCUGAGGAAGUCCAUCAAGAAGAUGGAGAUCACUCAGCACGCUACCUACACUUGCACCUUCUGCGGCAAGGACUCCGUCAAGCGCACCGCUGUCGGCAUCUGGCACUGCAAGGCCUGCAAGAAGACGACCGCCGGUGGCGCGUGGACCGUCUCGACCACGGCUGCUGCGACCGUCCGCAGCACUGUCCGUCGUCUCCGCGAGCUCGCCGAGGUCUAA